CUUGGUGACAGACUGUAAUAGGAGGACAAAAUGUCAAAUUCCUGAUUCUCGAUAGUUGUGGACUUCUCCAUUGGAAUACGGUAUUUUGAUAAACUGUGGAUACCAUUUUAUUGGAGGAACGAGACACAAUUUGAAUUCGAACUUUAAACUUUGAUGAAUCACAUAAAACAGAGCAGAAGUGAAACAUGGAGGAACUUCUGAAUCAGCUGAAAGCUCGCGAUGCCACGACAGACCAAAAUGCCUCUGCUAGCCCUCAAGCAGGGCGAAAUCUCAAACCACCAGGUAGUCCACGACUGUCUCCGAGUCAUAGUCGGCAGCCGUCUGGGAGCCGGAGCCCCCGGCCACCUGGAAGCCCAAGUCACAGUCGGCAGCCGUCUGGCAGUCCACGUCCUCCAGGGACACCCUAUGCACCAAGCCAGCGAACCGACAGCCAGGUCUCCAUUGAAAAUGACAAGAAACGAAAGUCAAUAACGUGGGGGAAAGAUCAGAUGAAGAUGGUCGAGGGACAGCCUCCACCGUCUCAUGUCGUCCAUUACAUAAAGAUGCACCAGUUUCCUGAGAAUGAAGAUCGUAAAUACGCUAGUGGUGGGCCCAGUUUUGAUGCACCAUUUUGUGUGAGCUUGAACUUCAUUGUUAACUUGCCGGAUCCAACGUUCUUGGAUGACCAGGAUAGGCAGUACAGGGGCGACGCCAAUAAGUGCCAGUACCAAUUACUCAUCAGUUUAUACGACAUCACAUACGAUCGGUUCUUUGGUCGGACCUGGCAUGGGCCGCCCGUCAACCCCAAGCCAGUCCCUGGACAGAAAGCUCGCCUUAAUUACAGUCAGAACGUAUAUUUCCACACGACAAUCAAUGAUACCAACAUCUGUGUCGUCUGCGAGCUCAUCGCUAUCCAGGCCGACACUGCUGGGAAGAAACAGAUCGUCAAUGUCGGCUGGGGAUUCUUCCGGCCGUUCAAAUGUGAAGGGGACAUGGUCGACACGAUGUCUUCAACUCCAGCACCGACAUGCAAAAUGGACCUAUACUAUGGUUCGCCAAGGGCACUGCUGUUUCUGGAGGACCCCAUCGAAAACAACCCAAACCUAAAGUUCAUUGAUGGCUGUAGCCUUGCCUACACCAUCCGAACUCACAAGAACUUCAUGAAGGUCAUGCACCUUAUCCCGGAGAACGUCAUUAUCGGUCCAAAUGAUAUCGUGCCAGGUGUCGUGGAGGCGCGCCUAGAUCCAAAGAACCCACAUCUACCUGUCGAUAGUUUCCGUCGUCCAAAAGCCGAGAGAACCGUGCCAUGUUACAUCGAUAAACUCAACAUCCGACUGCAGCCAUCGGUGGAGGCUUUCGAGGAUGAACUGUGUAAGCUGCUGAAUGAGGACAGAAUGAACAGAGAUAAUAAGGUCGCAGAUGGGACGAAUGUUACUGUGCUUGAGAGGAGACUACAGGUUGGCAUCCACAAUGGUUGGGGCUACAUCGAGAAGCCGCAGACAGUUCACUUGACCACUGAAGCUGCUGGCAAGUCUGGCACUGCAUCUUUGAGACGAGGACACAAGAGGACCUCCUCCUCCGCAUCUGGCGAUGCCCUCUCCUCAGUCGGCCUCGUCCUGAAGAACCGUAUUGAGAUCGAUCAUCUGGUGCAGGACCCGAUGUAUACGAUUGUAUUCCUCUUGGAGUACGUUAUGACCGAACCGUUGAAUCGGGAGGAGAGAAAGAUGUCGAUGGUGCGCACCCAGUCCCUCACGUUUGCCGUCCGCUGGUCAGCAUGGAGUCCCUUUGUUAAUAAGAGCGGCGACGCCACCCUGCAGCUGAUUGGAGGCCCAUCCUCGAUCCCUGAUGGCCUGAUGGUCUAUAAGAAUCCAUCCCUUGAAGCUGGGGUUGAGUCACAAGAAGAGUCCAAGACCAAGCUGAAUCCUGGCAUCAUGAACUUUACGUUUGUGAAUCAACGCGAGAAACUUGCCGAGAACCUUAACGUUGAUGCUGGUAAUUUCGGCCGUGGAAGUCCAACGGAACUCAUCAGUCACGAGUCGGCCAGCUCACUGCAUGCAGAGUUACCUGGGAAGCCACCAGUCCCCAUGAGAGACUCAAACAGGCUUGAUGCUGAUAGCUUCGACGGGGUGACCGUAGAAUCGUUUGUCGUCCCAAAACCACACAAACAACAACAACAGCAGUUGAACAUGCAGACUGUAAGACAACAUCUCAUACAACAACAGAGGAGUGAGAUGGAUGCGCAGAUGAUGAUGUCACCGAGAGGCAUGUAUAACCCCUAUACUGGUAUGAUGUAUCCACCAGGUCCGAUGGGCUACCCCAUGCCCAUGAUGGGAUCAAUGGGUUAUCAAGAGCCUGGGUCUGCCCGCCUCGACCUGCAGGAGCUUCCAUACCAGCCGACCCAUUCUCCCAUCCUGGCUCUGUCGCCCCACAUCCACGCCGGCCAAGGCCUCUCAAGGGCGGCCUACGCUAGGCUUUACAGCGUUGGGUUCCCGACGAUACUUGACCGAGGUGGUGAGCCACCCGAUGUGGUUGAUCCGUCUGAUCAUGUGACGUACCGACCAGAGAAGGAGGAGUAUGACCAGUUGCAGAGUAACGAGGUGACGUUACAAUUCCUUGCUUAUUCAAAGAUGUUUACCCCGACGGCUAGCAGCUCCAAGGCUCCAGGAACUAUCUUCUUCACGUUCCAGUUCUACAGAUUCCCACAGGUUACGUCAGAAAGGCUGCUGUUGGGUGACCCCGAGUGUGAGUUGAGUGCUGAUCCCAAGUCCAUGCCCUGCAUCCUGAAACGCUUGGAGAAAGACAGUACGGCUCUGUCGGGACCUCCCGGUUAUCAGGUGAAAUACUACGUCGACCCAGCGUUCCUCAAACCAGGAGAAGGGGCAUUGUUUGUCAAGCAUCUUUCACAGCAGACGCUCCAUAUUGACGUCUGGGAUGGCGACUCUCUUCUGUUGAUUGGCUCCUGUGCUGUGGAACUGAAGCACCUCUGCCGCCAAGGUCGCGAGGCCGUCCAAAUAACGUACGAACUCGAUGUGAUAUCGACUGAGUAUGGUGCAGAGGAGACCCCGAAUCUCACCGGCGAUCUUUCCAGGAGCGGGAGCGUCAGACCUGUUGGGGUCACCACAGCUGUCAAAGGGCGUCUUCACCUUCGGUUGGCCAAUGUUGGUUUCCCGACCGACAAGUCACAGAGAACUGAUACCACCGCCAUCGCCAAAAAGCCGCAAACUGUCAUCAGCUCCGACAUGAAUGCCACCGGUUUCCACGGCGGCAGCCUAACAACGACCUUCUCCCAACUCCACAAGGUCAAACGCACAUAUAAAGCACAGCCAUUGGCCGAGACGAACCAUGAGCUGGCAACAAUGCUGGUGACCAAGCAUCGCCCGCUGCAGCAGAAGGAGGAGGAGCUUGAGAAGAUGGAUCCUGCAAGGAGACGGAAGCUGGCUCGCAUGCAGGCGGUCAGACAGACAGAUGGAGAGGAGAACGAAGUGCCGUUUUCGUUUUCGGCUUACAAAGUUGAAAAAGCUGAUCGAACUCGUGACCUCAAGACCAUCGAGUGUUACCGCCAGACCACCAAACGCGAGGGCAUCCUGAACAUGCUGAACCAAGCUAUGACAACCGACCAUACCCUCUACCCGUCGAUGGGCUCUGCAGAAUUCUUUGAGUAUUCUCUAAAGAAUCCGUUCAACGUGCAGCAUUCUGUGAUAGUGUGUGUACAAGAUCCAGAUCUACAUGUAGUCACAGAUGCUCGGGAGUGGCGUCAUUACAAGAUGCUGAAUAACCUCGUCACGCCCGUGGAGGAGGGCAUGUUUAACGUGGAGAAGACAACCGAAUAUCCUGAGAUCUUCCUCAGGCCAAAAGAGAAAGUCAACAUUCCGUUCAAGUUUGUGUCGUUCAAAGCAGAUCACACCAUACAUCCUCAGACACCAACAGAUCCUUUCCGCCCUGCCCCUAAUCGACCACAGGAGAAGUCCAACCCGGACUCAGACACUCGUGUCAUUACCGUCCAGUUCCUCACCAAAGAUGGUAAACUCAUGUCUCAGCUGAAUCUGCGCAUCGCCCCACAGCCACACGUCAUCGACCAGACGUUCCGUUUCUACCACCCAGAGCAGGCGUUCUUGAAGAAAUCCAUCCGUCUGCCGCCAUUCCAUACGAUACCUGGAGCUCCUGUAGGUGGCGCUGGCUUCUCACAGCUCUAUAUACGCUGUAGUGAUCCGAAUGUGAUAUGUGAAGCAAAGAAUACCCAGAGCGGAGAACCACAGGAUGUCUUCUUGAAGGUCGCAUGCGGUCCAUCUCCUCAGAUCAAGAAGUUCUUCAUGGCCAUCUAUACGGACCUAUUCCUAUCGAAACCCAUCCAGAUUUGGCAGUUCUUCAUCCACUCUCUCCAGAGGGUCGAUGUGACGUGUACCGAGGGUCAGACAAGUCGGUUCUCACUUAUUCUCAGGGGAACUCAAGCAUCCAGACUCGCAGCAUGUUACUCCUCCCACCCUAAAGAACUACAAAUCGCACCAAAAGAUUCCUUCAUGUUGGCGGCAAACACCGUCCACGAGUUAAACGUUGCUGUCCGACCGCUGCAGGUUGGGUCAAAAUACAUGUUCCUGAAUGUUGUUGACGUGGAAUUUCACCAAUUGAUCAGAACGUGGCUGAUCUGUCUUUCAUGCAAAGCUCCCGUUGUCUCCAAAGCCUUUGAGUUACAGAUCCCAAUAGGGGGCGGCAAGGGUUCCAAUAAACGUAUCACAUACACGAACCCGUACCCGACCAGGAAGACGUUUAACUUGACAACGAACCGCGAUGACUUGCUGCAGUUUAAGGAAGCACGCAUUGAGAUAGCAGCAGGAGAUACGUAUACGAUUGGACUGAGGUUUACACCGAGUAUGAUGCCAGGGGCGGCGUCCAUCUUGAUCUUCAUUAACGACGACGAGGGGAAGAACGAGGAGACCUUCUGUGUGAAGGCACAAUACGCCUGACUCCUUCAGGACUGACCAGACAUCUGUUGUUUGUGUCAGACGUGGGAAUAGCCAAAAGCUGCACAGUAUUGAGUCUCAAUCAUGUGCUUGACAUUAAGUUUAAUGGACUUAACUGAAGACGCCAAGUUAUUGUUUUGAAAAGCGGGGUCUGGGCCCUGAUGUCUCGGUUCUCUCCUUCAAACUUGUUUUCUAAGUUUAUAAUGGGAGGAGAUGGGGAGAGGGGGGUUCAUUGUGUAGUAUAGAUUUGUAGGUUAGCUGAUGAAGUUAGCAUGCGUAGAAGUAUUGAUUGUAGAUUUGUUAAUUCACCAUUAUUUAUACCGUCCUCUUUUACAGUAUUUUAUAUGGAGUUAGUUUGUACAUCAGAUGUUAAUAUUAUUUAUGAAAUCAGUUGAAGUGUAGGCUUCGCGUAACUGAAGUAAAACUUCUAUAUGGUGCAUUGGUUAUAUUCGAAUACAGUUCAGUGCAGUAGACAGUGUGUAUCAAAAAGAAUAAUUGCGUCUCCAAAAUCAGCUGAAAACACAGGAGACUAGGAUAGUACAUGUAGUAGUAGCCUCUCCUGCUCUCUCCACUAACACAGCCUUGAGGUAUAUGCAGUGUAGUGUAUCCAGGUGUCAUUGGUGUGUGCAGUGCCUUCAGAUGUACAGGAUGUCUCACAUUAAACAAUAACAGCCAAUUUUCAAAGUGUAACAUUCUUUUUGAUACACACUAUAAUACAGACAAACAUCAGUAGUAAAGGAAGCGCAUAGUUCAUUGUAAAUUGCAAAUAGA